UGGAAAGGAGAACUUUCUUCCUCUCCUUAUCCAACGAUGCGCGCGCGGGCGGGCGAAUAAGCAAUUUCUGAGAGGAAAUCCCCGGAAUCCUACACACAUUGUACCUCCUCCUACGGGAAACAUGAGACGGAAAGAAACAAAGAAAGAGAGAGAGAGAGAGAGAGAGAGAGAGAGAGGGAUCCCUACGAUCAAUGACGGUGAUGUUCCCUCAUUCGACGCAUCUGCUUUGCUUUGAUUUUGAUUUUGAUGUUGAUUUUGAUUUUGAUGUUGAUUUUGAUUUCGAUGUGAUUUUCAUUCCAUACGCUUCCGCUGCCCCAUCGCACGAAAAUUCCACAAGAGGGUCCGGGUCGAAGCAGGAAAGUCGAGUCUCAAGUCCGAAGAGCGAAGAGCGAAGAGAGAAGAGUGAAGGCAUGUGGCUACGUUCCCAAUUGGAAUGGAAAGCGGGAGGGGGAGGAAUUCGUCAACAGGAUUGGAUUGCGCGAGAAGUAUGGGGAGGGAAAUACUACCAUCGUUCUGGGCCUACGCGAGGGAAAAGGCGAUCGGUGGAAAAAGACUCCCGUCGCACGCUGCACGAUCGUCUCUCGUCCUUGCUGCCGGACUUCUGCGUUCGAAUGGAUAUUUCCGCUUUUUCUUGUGUUUCCUUCUUCUCCUCGUUCCUUCCGCAUCCGCAUCCGCGAGAUCCCUGGUCUAGUUUUCUUUCCAUCUUCGGUUUCCUUCGAGGCUUCUGUACGAUAUAAAAUGGAUAAAAGGGAAAUUGAGUGGGGGUUUUCCUGGUCUUCCAUUUUCAAAAAAUCCGUGGUGCACGUUCGAGUGGGCGGCUCCGCUAUAGAAU